AUGCCUCCGGAAUAUAAGCUUGACCAUUUCAAUGGUUCUAGUAACUCUACAGCAUCUGUGCUAGUGGAUUACGAACCCGUUAAGUUCUAUCAUGUUUCAUUUGGUUGGUCUAAAAAUAUUGCUUCUGAAAGAAACUAUGGUAAGACCCGUGAGGGCCCGGCAAAGAUCAGCUAUUGGCCAUCGAGCUAUUAUUUUGAAGUCUUCGGCAUCGUAGAACGAGCUUUAUACGACGUUUUUCGACGUCUGAUUGUCUGGUUCGCCGUUCUUAUGGCAUUAAUUCGCUUCGUGGUUAUCAAAAAUGCCAUGAGUCCGACAUUUCAAAAAUUUUCUGAAACAUUUUUCGGUUUAAUUGUCAUCCUUAUCAGUAUGUUGUUGAGUUGUGGGGUUACUGGUAUUCGUUAUUCCCAUGAGAAAAUUAUGAACGGAUCUUACAAAAUUCCUAAAGAAUGCGUUUCAAAAUUCCCGCCAAAUUUCAAGGCAAGAAUUUAUUUGCCGUUGAUUGAUGAGGAGUUCUGGAAAAAUAAUUUCAUGUAUGGCACUGCCUAUUCUCACAUUUUUAUUGAUUAUCGAGUUGGAAAUCGCAAGAAGAAACCGGAGAAAACUGUCAGGGAAAGAUGUGAACACUUUUUGAAAUUUUCAGUUUGUGUCUUUUUUUGUUCACACACUAUUUUUCAUGCAAAAAACCAACCUAAACUGAUAUUUUUCAAAGUGAUAAAUUUGUACGGAAACAAGCGCAAAGUACGAAAUUUUAAUCGAAACAGUCACAAAACUUUAAAAAACUGUACCAAACCGGACCAUACCACAAAAAUGAUUACACUCAUGACAGCUGCAUCGAUUAUUGCAGAAUGUCCUAUCGGAAUUCUCUAUGUUGUACUUAGCUCAUCAGAUACGUUCCAAGGGUUUUACAUGCUCGCUGCCGAUAUGAGUUCAAUUUGGGAAAUAUUUCCGGCAAUCAACUCGUCAACUCAUUGUUUAAUUUGUUUUAUCAUUUCUACGCAGUACAGAAAAGCAGUGGAAGACACUUUUUCUUUUCUUGUUUCUACCAAAAAAGAUACCAGUGUGAUAAGCGUUUCUUCAAAAUCGAAGUCUGGAAGUGUGGCAAAUCAAGCAGAUAAGAGGAGGAAGAGUGAAUAUUGA